AUGGAUGUUGAUCUAGAAGAUGCUCUUGAAUUGGCCAAUGAAAAGUAUCAACUUUAUUUAAAAAAGAAAGACGGAAAAUCUCGACAAUCUCGUUUGAAUCAUCAAGAUUUUGAUUUUUUCUCCUCACAAUCGAUCUCGUGUUCAUCAGUUAAGAGAAAUCACUCAACUGUUUUUCAUUCUUCUAUUAAGAAUGGAAUUCCAGGUGUUAAUACUGAUGUUCCGGAGGAUGAAGAUAAUACUUCAGAUGAUGAAGAUGAUGUGAUUGAUUAUGAUACUGAUGAAGAUACACAAGCAAUUAAAUACUACAUUGGCACACAAGAUUCCGCACGUUUGUUUUGUGCUUUAGGCAAAUUUGAAGUUUUAUACCUCAUGAUUGGAUAG